ACCUGUGGUGGAGAAGCAGCGCACAGAAGAGAUGUCUGAGCGAUCGAAGCGUGCUUUGGAGGAACAAAAGCAAGCUUACACGAGCACCACCACCCAAGAACCAACGCAGUACUCCAAGAUCGAGGCAGCUGCAAUUGGGUCCGACACCACGCAUCACCAUGUGCAUGAAACCAUUCAGCCUGUCAUCCAGCGCGAUGUUGUCCAAAAAGAGGUGAUCCACACGACUGUGCCCAUUCACGAGAUCAUUCACGAAAAGCCCGUGGUUCAUGAGGCCACGGUGGAGCCUACCAUCACAAUGGAGGCUUUUAUGAAGAAGCACGGAUCGGUCAGUGGAGGCACGGUCGUUUCCCGAGAAGAGCGUCCAGGCACCCCAGUGACAAUGGAAGGAAGUCAUUUUGACGGUAAGCAGCACACUAGUGCAAUUGGCACAGCCGGACAUCCUAUCCACGGCCCUGGCAAGACACCACCCCCUCAUGCACCAGGCUCGGGCUCUACCAAUGCAUCUUAGAUUUAUCGGUCACCUUUCAGUCGUAUACUAGGCAAAUGGUUCAUACCAUACUUGCUUGAUCUUUGAUGCAA